AUGAAUCAAGUCUCGUCAGUUACACGACACAGCCAUGAAGACAGUGUGAAGUCGGUCAAUGUGGACAUAGUUUCCGUAUCAUCGCAGGGCGAUGGUCGGAAAGCGACCAAGGCUUGGAAACCUCCAGCGCUUCGAUCACCCAUCUUGAUUGCGACCAUCCUGCUGUGCUGGGCCCUGAUUGCUGUCCUUCAGGUGUUCCUGUCCAGAAGUCAGCGCGAUGGGGGUGUCAUCUUUGCCGCAAGACUUAGUGCAUUGCCCCUGCACCAGCAGUUCCUGUAUCUGUAUCUUCCAACCAUACUUGCAGUCCUGUUCAGCAUAUACUGGGCUUGGAUCGAUUUGGAGACGAAGCGAAUGGAACCGUACUACCAGUUGAGCAAGGAGAAAGGGGCUCUGGGCAAGGACUCGCUACUUCUGGCAUAUCCGUUCGACUUCAUCCCUCUAGUUCCGAUCAAGGCGGCCAAAGAACGUCAUUGGCCAGUUUUCUGGGGAUCUUUGGCAGUGCUGCUAGUAACCUGGGGACUGGUGCCUACACAAGCCGGCAUCUUCGCUGUUGAGACCAUCACUCGCACGUCAAGCACGCCUUUCAACCGAUCAACCUCGUUCAUGCCAGCCGAAGAUCAGCUGACCAAGCUCACUAUACGUUACGCUCAGUCUACAUACGGUAUUGCCACGCUCAACGAGACUUUGCCUCCCUACAUGGCUCGAAACUUCACACUGGCCCCAUUCAAGCCAUCUGUACAUGACGUAGACCUGGCCGGGAGCCAAGGGACCUGGACUGGUGAGACAACCAUGUAUAGUCUAGACAUGUAUUGCGCGCCGAGCUUUGCAAUCCGAGAUACCAACGGCAAAUCGAAGAGUGUCACCUACAAGAGCAGUGGCGGUUGCAAUGUCACCAUGGGUCUCACCGGAAAUAUCACCCAAGGCUCCAAUCCGAACACCAUCUACUCGCCACUCCUUACUGCCAAGCAGUACACGGGUAUGCAUAUCGGUUACUGGGGCUACACCGGUUUCGCCGACUUCUACUUGGAAGGCGAUUGUCCCACAGAGCGCAACGGCACGUUUUAUGCGGCAUUCACCAAGAACAAAGCCAGGGAUCAAGAUCCUCCCGAAAACGUGACCGCAAUAUUUUGCGAGCCUUUCUACUAUCAACAGAAGGUAAACGCAACGAUAGAUCACGUCUCAAAGGAACCACUCCACAUUGCGGCUCUGGGAGAUAAGAAACCUCUCUCCAAGGACCUGUUCAAUGCGACGAACUGGGAAGCCCAGAUGACCACAGGUUCAUCCGGAUUCAACGUCAGAGGCGACAACAUGCCUACAGCGUCUGUCCCGGACUACUUGGAAUACGUCACAGGAACUAACGUCAGCAUCGGCUCGGGUCCAACUGGCGUCGGUCUAGUGCAGCCUAUGGUUGGACUGUCACUUGCUCUCAACCAACUCUCGCUCGAAGACUUCCUCGACUGGAAGAUCUUGAGCAAAUCAUAUGCCGAUGCUUAUCGAUUGAUGUUCUCUCGGACAAUGGUCGAUAUCCUGGGAGACGAUUUCCAGUCAUCCGAGGACAUGGUGGGUAUCCAGCGGUAUACUACCGAAGCGGUCGUACUGGAGCCGGUCUUUACGUACGUUUCCGAGGGUCUUUUGGGUGUCAUCUCUCUUGCAACCAUCAUGCUGCUUUACCUCUCGGUCACACGCACCAGGAAUUUAAGGACGGACCCGAGUACCAUUGCCAGCAUCAUGAGUCUUGUGGCAGAUAACGAGCCUUUGCUGGUCGACUUCGAGAAUCUCGAUUGCUGCACGGCCCCAGAAGUCCAGAAAGCAUUGGGCGCACGACGGUAUCGUUUGGUGCACGACGGACAGCGCGCCGGCAUCGAGACUGUCGACUCAGCUGCUGAUGCCAUCUUCGCUGCCCAGCGAUCAGCAACAGAAUUGCAGCGUCAGGGUACAUCACGCGACAUCGCGAAACCCGUUAGACCGAAAGAGUUCCGCAUGUGGACCGCAGUACCAUUUGUUAGCUUGUUCAUUGCCCUGAGCAUAGCUCUUGCUGUCAUCUUCGUCCGAGCUCGUGCGAAUGGAUUGCCUUUGCCCUCCACCAUCAAACUGGUGCAAAACAUUCUCGAGAACUACAUCCCGACCGCCUUGGCGACACUCAUAGAGCCCAUGUGGAUCAUGAUCAAUCGACUGCUUUGCAUGUUGCAACCGAUCGAAGAGCUGCGAAGCUGCAAAGCCGAGGCAAAAGACUCCAUCGAUCUCAACUAUAGCUCUUUGCCGCCACAACUCACAAUAUUCAAGGCCCUGAGUUCGAAGCACUUCGUACUCGCGACUGUGUGUGCCAUGGCACUUCUCUCUAAUCUUCUGGCAGUUGCUUUCGCGGGUAUCUUCAACCAAGACUUCAUCGAAAUGCAACGCGACGCCACGUUCACUCCGCCAUUCGACAUGAAGUUUGUCUCAAUCAAUGGCAGCAUUGGACCCAAAAGCGGCCAGGAAUUCGGCUCCCGUGAGCCCUCGGGCGCAUACCGUGGUGGUAACUCUCAGGACCAAUUUCUCAUCGCUGAGUCGAACUGGACUAGAGGAACGCCACUCCCCGCUUGGACGGAUACGAAGAUGUUCUACUUGCCCUACAAGGCUGCUGAUCCGGUCAACUCAACUGUCGACAACCAGUACGAAGCUGCGACCACAGCCUUUGGUGCCGAAUUGGACUGUGAGACGUUGCAAUAUGGCAUCGAUUACUCGGCCCGGAUUCGAAAGAACGGUUGGUCCGAUAUGCGAGUCGAUUUCAAUGUCACCGCACGCGCAAACUCCAAUACCACCGUGUGUCCUGCGAACGGGUCCGCAAGCAUCCUCUACGGUCCCGCAAUGCCCGCGCCUAUAUCGAUCGAAAAACAAUGUCAACGAGGCCCUAGUGCGGCUGAGAUCAUGUUCGUUCUGGAUGCCCCUGCGAAUGCCACGCGGGGCGAGGAAGAUGCCUGCAUGACCACGGUUGUGAUGGGCUGGCUUAGGACUGCCAAUGGGUCCUGUGGUGAUUUCCAAGAUACCGACUUGAACGCGCAAAACUCAUUGUUCGUACGAUGUCGGCCCAGGUUCGUGACAGGUCAGGCAACUGUUCGCACCGAUUUGAGCGGUCGACUUCAGCGGGAGAUUAGCGACGUCGAGUUGUCCAAAGAAGAGGACAUUAGCGAGAUGUUCAGCAAUGAUGUUGCGAAUCUCAUCGGUCAGAGUAACCGUUACAUUUUCAAGUCCAGCGGUGGAAAUUGGCACAACGAUAGCUAUGCCAACGAUCCGCUGAACUACUUUGCCUCGCGGGAAGCCAACAACAGUCGGCUGCUCGAUCCCAAUACCGGUGCACCCACUCUCGAAGACGUCGAGAAGUCGCUUGGCAAGGCGUACUCGAGAUUAUUUGCAAUUUGGCUCGGUGCCAAUAAAGAGAAGCUGCUGGUCACGCGGAGUGAUCAGCCCCGGCGCUCGAUUCAAGGCUGGACAAUAACGACGGAACGACGUCUCUUCCUCUCCACACCCAUGUUCGCCAUCUCCGAAGGCAUCCUUUUCACCUACGUCUUUGUCGCGAUAAUGGUGUAUCUGCGCCGGCCUGGGCGGUACCUUGCACGGAUGCCCACUUCCAUUGCGUCAAUCAUUAGUCUGUUCGCCGCGACUGCCGCCGUGCAGGAUAUGAAAGGUACCUCGCACUUGAACAGACAGGGCCGUGCGAAGUAUCUUCGAGACUUGGAUGCGCGCUAUGGGUAUGGGAGUUACAUCGGCGGCGGUGAUGGUCGAGUACACAUUGGUGUAGAGAAGACGCCAUUUGUCAGGGCCAGAGCGAAAUCCACCUGGCUCGACCAGAAGCUGAAGUCUUUCCGCAAAGGCUCUGCAGUGUGA